CUAUAGUUCAGCUCACCAAGAUGCACUGCUUAAUUGUGACAAUCAUUUCGUCCACCCUUCUCUUCUCAUUCGGCGAUGCACUCCUUGCUCCCUGUGACAGUCAGAUCUACUGCACCGGAGAAGUCCUCCGACAGGUCCAGAUGGCUAAACUGUUUGAUGAUGACAAGUACUUUGUAGAUAUGAAGUUAACUACAGCUCCCGAGGUCGUGUUGGAGGCUUUUGCCAAUCUGAGUUCAGAAUUCCCAGACAAGGCUGUACCAUCUUCCGAGAUAAAGACGUUCCUGCAAACAUACUUUGAAGAGCCGGGCAAUGAAUUUGAGCAGUGGACACCUUCAGACUGGCACUCAAAGCCAAAAUUCUUAUCUAAGGUGUCUGACUCAAAAUAUCGCAGCUGGGCUGAAGAGCUCCACAGUUUGUGGAAGUCGCUUGGUCGAAAGAUCCGUGAUGAUGUCAGAGACCACCCAGAGCUGUACUCGCAGAUUUAUACCCCACACCCAGUGGUUGUGCCUGGGGGGCGCUUUAGGGAACUUUAUUACUGGGACUCCUAUUGGGUAAUUAAUGGCCUCCUUUUAUCUGAGAUGACUGAGACAGCCAGAGGAAUGAUUCUCAACUUUGCGUACCUGGUGGAAAGAUACGGCAUUGUCCCAAACGGUGGUCGUGUUUAUUAUGAGCGGCGCAGUCAGCCUCCAUUUCUUCCUCUAAUGGUGGAAAGCUUCUACGAGGCCACCGGAGACAAAGACUUCCUCAGGCAGGUUUUGCCAGCGCUGGAAAGAGAGUACAGCUUUUGGAUGCAGAACCGCUCGGUUAAUGUGGUGACGAGUGAACUGACUCACAUCCUGAAUCGAUAUAACGUGCCGGUGGACCAUCCCAGGCCUGAGUCCUACAGUGACGAUGUAGAGCUGGCUGAGGGUCUGCCAACAGAGGCUCAGAAGCAACUCUGGAUGGACUUGACGUCUGGUGCGGAGUCUGGCUGGGAUUUCUCCUCUCGCUGGUUUAUUGACGACACAGGCAGAAACAACGGCAGCCUAAGAGACACACAGACGAGCGCCAUCCUGCCUGCUGACCUCAACGCCAUCAUGUGCCGCAAUGAGCGUCUGCUGGCCUCCUUCCACAGGAGUCUGGGUAAUGAAGAGAAGGCACUGGAAUACGAGAAGGCUCUUUCUGCUAGAAUUAAAGCUGUGGAGAGUCUGCUGUGGGAUGCAGAGAAAGGGGCCUGGUUUGAUUACAACCUGGUGAACAAGACCCGUCACCACUCCUUCUACCCGUCUAACCUAGCACCUCUCUGGGCACAGUGUUACUCUAAGCCGGAGAUGAGCGAUCAGGCUGUCCACUACCUGCAGGAUAGUGGAGGUCUGGAUUAUCCUAAUGGGAUUCCCACCUCUCUCAGUGACAGUGGUCAGCAGUGGGACAUGCCCAACGCUUGGCCUCCACUCCAGCACAUCAUUAUUGAAGGUCUCUCCGGGCUCCAUUCAGCCCACGCUCAAGAGCUCGCCUUCAGCUUGGCCCAGCGGUGGAUUCAGACCAACUGGCGGGCAUUCAUCAAAUAUGAAGCCAUGUUUGAGAAGUACGAUGUCAACGGUGAUGGAAAGCCCGGAGGAGGUGGCGAGUAUGAAGUUCAGUUGGGAUUUGGAUGGACCAAUGGGGUUGCUCUGCAGCUGUUGGAUCAGUAUGGUGAUAGGCUGAGCUCUGGAGGGCGUGUCCCGGUGUGUUCAUGCGCUCUAAUUGGACUGGUCUAUCCUGUCUUAAAAUCUCUAUUCUGAUCCUCAUCUGUGAUAUGUCUGGAGGCUGAACAAGAAAAAACACAUGAGAAAACCCAGCAUUGCUAUUCAACAGUUGAAGCUGAGUUCAAUCAAUGACUUUCUGUUUUAUUUUCAAGCCUUUUGGCCUCCUGGUGUGCCAUUUAUUUGCAGAAUCAAUUCACCUUUCUCUGAGUGUACUUCAAGGCCCAGUCUUGCGUAUUUCAACAUUAAACUGUACUUAAAGGUG